GGAGCGAAAUUCGACGAGUCUUAAACCAUUGAAGGGAAGGAAAGAAGGAACGCAGAGCAUCGUCGAGAGAGACUGCGAGCACCGAGAGAACGACAAUUGAAACACGGCUCCCUCUCUUUGAAUUUUCCGGCCAUAAAUUCAUCGCAGGUUGUAUUAUGUCAUCAUGGUCCCGCCGGUUCUCCGCCGAUACCGCCUCAUUUGGCGGUCCUUUUCGAUUACGGCAACAACCGCGGAGCCUAGCGGAGGUUUCUCACCUCGGCAUUUAUAGAAACGGUUAUUUACGGUCCGGUUGUGGAUGCGUAAUUCUACGGGCGCCGAAGCACCGGCGGCUGGAGGCGGUGGCGCCGUCGGGAGCUUGGGAUCGAUCGGACAGUAGAGAGGAGGAUAGGGUGAAGCCCUGUUCGUACGCUGUGGGAGAUCAGAGGGUGGAGGACUUGGCGAAGAGGAAUAGCGGCGAGAUCUUGGACAAUAUUAGGGCGGAGAAAUUGAGGAGAAGCAAUCGGACGGUGGAGAUAGUGGUAGCAGCGGCGUUAACGGUGAUUUUCGGUGUUGCCAAUCGGGUGCUGUACAAGCUUGCUUUGAUUCCUCUUAAGCACUAUCCGUUCUUUCUCGCUCAGCUCGCCACGUUCGGGUAUGUAAUUGUCUACUUUUCUAUUUUGUAUAUACGGUAUCACGCUGGCAUUGUUACGGAUGAGAUGCUUUCCACACCGAAGGCCCCAUAUAUUGUUGCUGGCCUCUUGGAAGCUCUUGGUGCUGCGACAGGGAUGGCAGCAGCGGCCAUUCUUUCUGGAGCAUCUAUUCCAGUAUUGUCUCAGACUUUUCUUGUGUGGCAAAUUCUCCUGUCAACUAUUUUCCUUGGGCGGAGGUACAAGACUAGUCAACUUCUCGGAUGCUUUCUUGUUACCAUUGGUGUAAUCAUUACUGUUGCGAGUGGUUCCAACGCGGGGCAUUCCUUGAAGGAAGCCGGCAUAUUUUGGAGCCUUCUGAUGAUAAUCUCAUUCUUGUUCCAAGCAGCUGAUACAGUUUUGAAGGAAAUCAUCUUCUUGGAUGCUUCCCGUCAAUUGAAGGGCAGGACGAUUGACUUAUUUGUUGUAAAUUCCUUUGGAUCUGCUUUCCAGGCAGUUUUUGUACUGGCUCUCCUGCCAUUCUUGUCUAAGUUAUGGGGUAUUCCAUUCGCUCAACUGCCAAGCUAUCUUAGAGAUGGCACGGCCUGUUUUCUAAAUUAUGGUUCUUUAAGUGGAUGUGAUGGCGCACCACUGCUACCUCUUCUUUUUAUUCUUGUAAAUAUAGGGUUUAACAUUUCAUUGCUGCAUCUCCUUAAGAUAUCAUCCGCCGUGGUUUCUUCUCUUGCAUCCACAUUUUCAGUGCCAAUAUCAGUCUAUAUGUUCACCUUGCCACUCCCAUACAUCGGUGUCGCUUCCGCUCUUCCAUCGGGGUUCGUAGCUGGAGCUGUCAUUCUUGUACUGGGCUUGCUAAUCUAUGCAUGGACACCAUCAGGAUCAUCAGAUACUAACAGCGCCACCUCUCACGUGCCAAUCACUUAAAAUCAAAAUAAUGUAUCAACUUAUGCACCAUUGCCAUGAAAAGAUGCGCAGUGGAGCUCGUCAGUGAGCAAGAACAUCGCGUUCUUCUUGUUCUCUUCUUUCAUUCUUCCAAUAAAAGAUUCAGUCCGCAUUCAUGAUGCUUCAUGGCAUAACCCGCAUAAGCGUUGGGUGCUUAUUUCCAUAAUGAAGUAGAGGGCCAUUUGUAAGUUCAUUAAGCAUCAUAGAACAGAAAUAUAUUGUGAUAGUCGUACAAUUAGUCAGCUUGUGAUUUCUGAAGCGCAAGUAAUUUAAUUUAAGGAUGAUAGAUUAAAGAGCUGCUGGGGAAGCUAAUAUGUAUAUUGUACCAUUAUGUAGGCACCACAAUUCUCCAUUGGUGUAGUGGCUUCGGGUAUGGUGGGAAGGGUGCUUUAAAAGCUUGUGUAUAAUAAGUUAUUUUGUAUUAUUACAAAUCAGUGUUCUGUACGUGGUUUUCUUCUCGCUCCAA